AUGAAAGACGUCUUCGACAGUGGAAGACGCGACUACUUUCAAGCCGAAGUAGUUCUAAAAGCUGUAGAAGGUUCAACGGAUGAAGACUCAUCGUGUUCCAACAAAGAAGAAGAAGAAGAAAACGUGCAGGAUAAAGACGUCGAACCUGGAAGCAAGCGAGAUCAACGCACACGAUCACUGGAAGAAGCGGUCGAUGUUCCAAUGGCAAAACGACUAAGUCGGGAUCAAUGUUUGGUUGAGAUAUCUGUGGUGGCUCAAGAACGUCAUGGUUUUGAGGUUGCCUACGUCAUGGAUUUAGUGGGAUAA